AUGAGCCCUGCGUUGGUUGGUCUACAGCAGUUUCUAAGCGACACGAAUCGCGUCGUUGUGUUGGACGGUGGCUUUGCGACCGAACUGGAGAAAGAUCCUCGCGUGGAUUUAAACGCCAGCAGUCUCUGGUCCUCUUCUCUACUUCUGGAUAAGAACCAACAUCUUCAAGAAGUGGUUGUCAAUGCACACAGGAGCUAUUUUCUCGCAGGUGCUGACGUAGCUACCACCGUCAGCUACCAAGCGUCCGUUGACGGUUUCAAACGCGAAGGCGUUACAACUAUUGAAGACGUCGAGAAGCUCUUUGCAAAGAGUAUUGACUUGGGCGUGCAGGCACGCGACGCCGUAUGGAAUGGGCUACAACCGAGCAAACGAUUGCAGCCUCUUGUCGGUGCUAGCAUUGGCUGUUAUGGUGCUGCAUUAGCUGAUGGAUCCGAGUACCGCGGAGAUUAUGGCAAGACCAAAGAAGACCUCGUGGCCUGGCACAGACAUCGCUUUGCGUUCUUUUCGAAUUAUUCAUCAGCCGAUUUCUUGAUUUGUGAAACAAUCCCUUGUCUUGUGGAGGUCGAAGCCUUUGUAGACUUGAUGAACGAGUUUCCAAGCGCUCACGUCAUAGUGGCUGUCGCCUGUCAUAAUAGCCUUGAGCUUAACAGCGGUGAGCCGAUCGCACGAGUGGGAGAGAUCUUAAGGAAGCUUAAAGAUCCAUCGCAGCUGCUAGCGAUUGGUAUCAACUGUACCCCACCGCAAUAUGUCGAAAGUUUGUUGCUUAAGUUGGACUGCUUCUGGCCCAAGGUUGUCUAUCCCAAUAGCGGUGAAGAUUGGGAUGGUGUUAAUAAGAAGUGGCUACCGGUGGGUGGCGUUAAUGGGUACAGUUCUUGGGAGGAAUACUUGCCAAAGUGGUACGCUGCUGGCGCGCGUUUCUUCGGCGGCUGCUGCCGUACGUCUCCAGACGAUAUUCGUGCCAUUCGUGAAUACUUUGCCCGCCACCAGCUUUUGUGA